GCCCGCGGGGCCAACUGGACCUUCCCAAAUCCCGCUGGUUGCUCCCACCGCUGCAUAACAGGGGAGGGUAGCCACGGUGAUGGAUACUGGGGCAAUGGAGAUGGUGACCCCUGCGGCCACCGAGAUAGGGCUCGAUGAAUACAUGGCUGCGGCGAUGUUCGAACCCGGGACCAUCAGAGUGAUACGUCACGUCCAACGGAUUACCGAGGAAAGCGACCUCGGGCCGUGGCAACCAGGGUUUGAAGACCUUGCGGCGCCUGGUCCUGAAUACAAGGAUGGCCAUAUCGACGUAUUGGAUGCCUUGAAGGCUCUGGAUCUUCGGGUCCCCGUCCCUAUUCCCUAUCUGCUAACCAUUUCCGAAGCGGCUAACGAAAAGUUGAUCGAACGAUGCCUCAAAAACGGGCGCCGAUUUGAGGAAAGUCGAAAGGGCAAAAAGCCGGUCCUACGGGACCUACCCACAAACGAGGAGUCGCAGCCCUCGACCUCAAAGGUGCACGAAGCCGACCGGAUAGGAAUGAUCCAGACCGUAGACUCUGCCUCGGAAAAACCCGAGCACGAGUACCACGUGGAACACAUUGAGUGGGUUUUGCAUGCACUAAAGGAUGCGGGGUUCAAAGUGGCAUUGGAGAAAAGCGAGUUCUUCUUGUCAGAUAUCUCAUUCUUGGGGUACAUCGUCACGGUCGAUGGACUAAAACCGGAUCCGAGGAAAGUCGCAGCAAAUCAAGACGCCCCGGCGCCGGUUACACUCACCCAGGUUCGGGCUUUUCUAGGGAUGGCAUCCUAUUACCGACGCUUCAUCAAGGCGUUCGCCGGUAUAGCGAAGCCCCUCACGAACCUGCUGAAGAAAGAGGAACAACUGAUAUGGAUGUCGGAAUGCGAAGCGGCGUUUCCGGCAUUGAAGGAGGCUCUAACAUUUGCUCCUGUGUUGGCGCGUCCCGACCCGACAAGACCGUUCGCACUGCACACAGACUGGCAGCCUCAGGCGAUAUCGGCGGUGCUGACUCAGCACGCGGCGGACGAAAGGGAACAUGUCAUUGAGAAUGCGUCUAAGACGCUGAGCCGGACGCAGGCUAAUUACGAAGCGUGCAAAGGCGAAUGCUUGGCGGUGGUGUGGAGGAUCCAGCAUUUCCGACCGUAUCUUUACGGCCAUAAAUCCUUGCAGCUCCCCUAUCCUAUGCGCAACUUCCCUGAGUACCUGGUGGAGUUGACGGACGUGGAGCAGUUGCCGCUCGUUGACGAGGACGCGUGGGAGCUGCAUUGGGCGCUUUAUUCGUCGGUGGUGCUGGGCAUGUUUACAUUUUUCGUGGAGCACGACGUUCAUAACGUCGGCGAGCUCCUCUACGUAUACUACGUGAUCGCCAAGCCGAAGCCGGAGCGGAAGGAGGGAACAGUGGCGCUUUACCCUUUUGGGAGGAUCAGAACGAAUCGCCCGGGGCUCUUACAGCUCAUUCACAUCGACUUGCUGUCCAUCGCGCAGGUAAUCGCUGCGGAAGAAGAAGACUUGCAGCUCAGACUGUCGACCGCCUCAGCCCCGUGCAGAUCGUAUAACACGGCGGUGAUACUUGACUACCUGGCGCGUGAGGGGGAGUCCGUGGUGGACUUCGGGCACGAAGAUAAGCCGCUGCGGCCUCCAACAUCGUAUCCAAAGCCGGCGGCCCUGAAGGCACCAAGAAAGAGAAUCGUCCCAAAGCGGCGACGAAGUCCAUCGCCGGAAGCUCAGGCCAGUCAAGUGGGGCGUGUCGAGGAGGUCGUCCAGCCUAAGCCGGUGCGCGAAGUCGAUCCGGUUCGCAAGAGAAGAGCCACACUCAUCAUCGGGCCCCAACUGGGGGAGGAUUGCCUUGCUGAAGAACCGCGGAGAUCUAAGGCCAUCGGGAGUCGACACCUCAGCGGCCCCGCCUCCCCGAUCUCAAUAGCCAUGCAGCCGGGCCAUCAGGCGCAAGGGGGGGAUUGGGACGAGCUCCAUAUCCCGCAUCCAUACCCCCCCUCCUUGCAAGACCGUUCCGAUUUCGCCAGCCCACCCGGGAUACCCCGGUCAUUGACAUUAGCAGUUCCCCCGAGCCAGACGGUCCAUCAAACCGACGUGGAUCACAUGGUUGAACUGGGCACCAUCCGGCUUGAGGCCAUCGAGGGGGCGCCGCGUCCUGAUCCGGCAUGGGAGUCGUUCUUGCAGCCUCCAUUCGACGGAUGUAUAGCGGCGAGGUUGGUGGGCACGCUGAUCUAUAAGACCGGCGGGCGGCCCAACAUUAUGUACCAUAUCCUGGUCUUCGCGGCAGUUAAGCGGGAGCGGAGGCCAUACACGGAGACCCAUCUGGUGCUGACGGGUAGGCCGCGGAUGCGGACCCAUUUGGGUCCGCGAUCCGAGCUCGACCCUGCGGACGCGUUCGCGGGUGUUUCCCUGCUGCCCGCAACUCGCGCUGACAACCCGCCGCCUCCCGCGCUAUAAAUUCGCGCAACCCUCUCCUCUCUUCUUCUUUGAUCUCGGCUGCAAUGCUGCGCGAGCUAUGCGCGAGAGUCCGCGGCGCCGAACAGGCUC